GUAGCAAAGCCAAGGCACAUAUAUAUUCAGUUCAGGGUCCACCUGAGCACUUUUUCCCAUUCUCUCACAAUUAUCUCUUCAUCGUUUUCCCUGAUUGUAAAAUAAAUUCGAUUGACUGCGAUUAUUAAAGCAUGAAAGAUAGGAAAUAAACGCGUUUUGUCAUCAUUCUUACCAGCCUACAACUAGCAAAACAAAAGCCUUUGGGCAAACUAAGGAUACCCAAAGAUGUGGGCACAUAAUUUAAACCAAAAACAAAACCACCAUUAUCUUCUUCUGUAAUCUCCCUUCGAUCUAUUGUAUUCCAAAAAUGCGUUUUCCUAGAUCAUGAAAUCUAUGAUAAGACGAUCGAUUUUUGGAUUUUUUGAUCGAAAUUUCGAGUCUUCUCCCCAGGCAUUCUGUGUGAAGAAUUUUUAAUAUUUGGGGCAUCGGAGGUCUCGGAUUCGAAUCUCAGUUUGGGUAGGCGUUUUUCUGGCAUGGCUGGUAGGGGCUGCAGAAGGAAUAAUCCCUAUCAGUAUGGAGAAGAUUAUAGGAAGAAUAAUGAGAAUCUGCGCGGAGAAGAUUUUUCGCUGGAGGAAGACUCUUCAUUGGCUGCAGCGAUGAGAGAUUCUUCUGCGCACAGGGAUUCGUCUUUGUCGUCAGUGUAUGGUGAAUCGGCUUACAGGGAAUCUUUCAGGAACAGAUAUUCUUCUAAUACACCUUCGCCUCUUCAGAAAGCUUAUACUCCAAAUGAGCCCUCAUCUCUAAAAAGUCCAACUGAGUCCAAGCCGGGCUUCUGGAGUGCACUUGCAAAAAAAGCAAAAUCAGCUCUUCUUGAAGAUGGUAGUCCAAUACAAUCUCCCAAGUCAGAAACAAGAAGUGGAUCCCACUUGCAACAAGCACAAGCAAAUAUUCAGGCUAGCAUGCCUGAGAGACGAAAGCAAACAGAUGCCCCUGUGAUACAGAAAGGGAUAGAAGCAAUUGCUUCUUCCCUUAACUUUAUUGGCGGUGCUUUAGAGGAGGGGCUGAACAUUGUUGAAAACAAAGCUUCAGAUAUUAUAUCCGACACUAGACGUUCCAUGAAAAAGAAGACUGAUGCUGGUGCCGAAAGUAAAGCUUCAGACAUUAUUAAUGGGCCCCGACAAUCUACGAAAAAGAAGGCUGAUACAGGUGUUGAAAGUAAAGCUUCAGACAUUAUUUAUGGAACUCGACAAUCUAUGAAAAAGAAGGCAGAUACUGGUGAAGCAAUUAAUCUGCAACGACAAAGCAAGAAAGCACCUGAUGUGGAAACAAAUUAUGAGACACAACUAAAGGCUUCUCGCGACGUUGCCAGUGCAAUGGCUGCAAAAGUUAAACUUCUUCUACGUGAGCUGAAGACCCUAAAAGCAGACCUUGCUUUUGCCAAAGAACGCUGUGCGCAAUUAGAAGAAGAGAGUAAAGUACUGAGGGAAAGCCUCGAGAAGGGUGACAGGCCUGAUGAAGAUGACUUGGUACGGCUUCAGCUGGAGACAUUGCUAGCAGAGAAGUCGCGUCUUGCACAAGAAAAUGCCAAUUAUGCUCGUGAGAAUCGAUUUUUACGUGAAAUAGUUGAGUACCACCAGUUGACUAUGCAGGAUGUUGUUUAUUUGGAUGAGAGCAUAGAGGAAGUGACAGAAGUUGGUUUGGACCCAAUCAGAGAAACACAAAAAGAAAGGCUUCCGUUUGAAAAGUAAAUUUUAUCACUGUGUGGUAAGAAGAUCUAGCUAAAGUGCCAUCACUUGCCUAUGCAAUCAAGAUGUGAUUACCUUGGAUGAGUAUAUAUCCUGAAGCGACAAAGCUUUCAAGUCCAUUGCAGAGAUGAAGGUGGUGAAUCUACAUCUCGAGAAGUCAAGUUCAUGUCUGUGAUAUUGGUUGUGCCAUUGUAGUCAGCUUGGUCUUCUAAAACUUGUUGAUAGAGGCAUGAUAAUUGAGUGUCAUCUUCUUACUUCCAUACAGAUUGUUGUGUAUUGUUUAGGCUGUGCACUGCUGCAGCUUGGGUUUAAUGUAUGAUAGCUUCCUCCAAUUGUGGCCUUGCCUUAUGGUUUGUAUGCACAUGCUCUAUUCUUUUUGGAAGUUUCUCAUUUCCACUGUAUUGUCAAAAUUAUUUUCUUAGCUGUAAUGGCUUUGAGGUUUGGCUCUAACAUUAAGAAAAUGAGUCCAAUGUGACAAGCACAUUUUUGCCCAUUUAUCUGUACUUGAAUAUGCUAAAAAGAAUUGUAUCGUUCUGAACUAAACUCAUCUUUUAAUGCUUGUAUAGAUAUUUUCUUGACUACAA